UCCGGCAGACGGUCGGAGCAUUUACGGCCGUGGUGCCGCAAAGCGCUGGAGUGAGGCGGUCUGAGCAAGCUGUCGUCUGGACCCCAGACCUGCUGGUGGUGAAGUAUGCCUUAGGCGAGGGCUUCCGGGCGUGGGGAGAGCUGCGUCUCACACUGAAACGCAGGCUGACCUGGAACUCGCGGGCAUCCCUCAGCUUCCUCCUGAGAGCUGGGGUUAUAGCCGAGGCCCGCCACGGCCAGCCUUGUAAAAAGGUUUCUUCCUCGCUUCUUUUGCGUCUGGACGAGCCCUUCCCGGGGGAUCUGGGGAAUGGCGCCAGCUCACGACUAGCUAAAGCACCGAGUCAAAAGCAUGGUCAGCAGCAUGGAUGCUGUCUGCUCUGCCUCCCGUGGAACCUUUCCAAGUGCUCCCUUUGCCCGCUGCCUCUUACUCUGCAUUCUCCUUAAGGACCAACCUUCUUGAUCUUGAUCGAACAACCCAAUUUAUCUUAGUUUUAAAAUUUCCUCCAAGAAUACUCUUCUAGAUUUGGACUCUUAGUUUCUUCCAAAUAAUCAAGCCAAGCCUUGAGAGCAGGGCAGACAGCUUUACUUUUGGUAUAUCAUGUAUAAAAGUGGAUCAAUUCCAUGUUAAGUGAAAAUGGCCAAUUCGUUACGAGGAGAAGUACUGACUCUUUAUAAAAAUCUGCUGUAUCUUGGACGGGACUAUCCAAAAGGAGCAGACUAUUUUAAAAGGCGUUUGAAGAACGUUUUCCUUAAAAACAAGGAUGUGGAGGACCCAGAGAAGAUCAAAGAACUUAUCGCACGAGGAGAAUUUGUAAUGAAGGAGCUAGAGGCCUUGUACUUCCUUAGGAAAUACAGAGCUAUGAAGCAACGUUACUAUUCAGAUACCAAAGUCUGACCAAUCAUUGCACCAGUCGAGCUGACAACCAGUGCUGGCUGUUUGCCUGUACCAACUAUUAAAAAAUAAUUCAGUUUAAAAGGGUGAGAUACAUGGUUUUUAAAAAAAUGAGUUGCCCUACUGUACUGAAAUAGGUUUCAACCUUAUUGAUACUGAGAGCUUUGCCCAUAAUCCUUUUAUUACUGAAAUAGUAACUUUAGUACCUUUCAUGAUAAUAUAAUUUUGAAAGAAAAUACACUUAAUUUUUAAACAUGUUAUAGCCAAUUUUCUUAAGUCUAUUUCUUCAUUUACUGAUGAGAUUGUCACUAUCGAAUGGUGUCUGACAGGCUUGCCCUUUAGCUUCUAGAGUGUCUUUGUCCUUGUUUUUUGUUGUUUUGUUAGCCCAUCUAGUAUACUAAAGUGCAUAUUCAAGGCUCUCUACAGACACCUCAAAAUGAUUUAAAUGCAGUUAUCAAAAUAAGACAUGUGAAGGUGACCUCUAUCUUGAGAAGCUCAGUGGGUGACUAGCAUUGUGUAGCUAUUAUUCCCAUUAUUCUUUGUGCUGCUGGCCUGCCUUAAGUUCUGAACCACUUCAAGUAGCUUUCAUGAGGAGUUGUAAUGUUCCUCUAUUUCUGCCAUUAAAGCUGGUAUAUUUUCUGUCGACCUGUAACCGAGUCCAUGUGGCAGUGGACCUAACCCAGGCAGGACUGUAAGUUUAAGCAAAAAUGUUUAUGUAAUGUUUUUAGCAACGUUAUAAAUAACAUUUCUAACUUAAAAGCUGCAAAUAGUGUUGCUUAUAGGAUUCUGUAUCAGGCUGGAGAGAUGGCUCAGUGGUUAAGAGCACUGACUGCUCUUCCAGAGGUCCUGAAUUUAAUUCCCAGCAACCAUAUGGUGGCUUACAACCAUCUGUAAUGGGAUCUGAUGUCCACUUCUGGUGUGUCUGAACACAGACAGUGUACUCAUAGAAUAAAUAAAUAAACGAAUAAAUCUUAAAGUCUUAAAGGAGUCUUUAUCAACUACCAAGCAGACAUUUCCACCAAGAAAUACCUAUAGCCAGGAUGGGGAUGAGGCUCAGUGUUAAGUACUUGCCUAAGGAACACGUGAGGCUCCAAAAUUGAGCCUUAACCACAAUUAAAACUACAUAAUUACACACUUCAUAGUCACCAUAACUAUUUUUAUUACAUUACAAUGAUUAGGAGCAGUACGGUUCAUGACAAAAAUAUUACAAAUUUCAGAUCACUUCACAGCACGUACUCCUAUAAACAUUUAAAAGUUAAUUUUAAUUAAGAGUGGUCACUUUUAAAUUUAAUGUUUGAUAUGACCAACAUUCCCUAGGUCAGCGCAACCAAAGGAUGGAAAACAACUGGAUCACACUGCAUAUGUCCCAUAACAAACAAACAAACAAACAAACAAACAAAACAGAAAGAAAAGGAAUGGAAAGAAGGAAAGCACAAUGUACAAAAUGUGCAUGUUUCAGUUUACACUAUACAAAAAUAGUUAAAAUACAUCCCAGGUAAACAUGUUACACUAAGAAAUAGCACUAGUAAGAAAUUGGCACUCAAAUAAAAAUGCAGAAGUGUUUCAACAUGAAGACAUGAAACGGGAUUGGGGCACUGGAGC